CGGCCCGCGCUGACAGCAGGGCCGGGGGCUCCCCCGCCGCGCUGUCUUUGCCAGGUUGACGGCGGAGGGGCGGGGGCCGCUCAGCCCGAGCCCCCGGAGCCCCCGGCGCGCCCUGGGCCGGGAUGGAGAAGCCCUCGGCGGUGGCGGCGGCCGGCUCGGAGGAGGAGGUGCUGGAGUGGCAAGUGGCGAGCCGAAAGAGGAAGGCCUGGGCCAAGUGCCGGGACUCCUGGCAGGCGUCGGAGACUGAGGAGCUCUCCACCGAGGCCACGCAGGAGGACGACGACGAGGACGAGCCGGACCUGGCCGAAGACAAGCUGCCCCCGGCUGCAGAAAGAGGAAACGUUCCAAAUGAAAAGAUCGCUAUAUGGCUCAAAGAUUGUCGAACACCUUUGGGAGCUUCACUAGAUGAGCAGAGCAAUAUUACACUCAAGGGUGUGCUUGUGAAAAAUGGAGGAAGUUUUGAAGAUGACCUGUCUUUGGGAGCUGAGGCUAACCAACUGCAUGAAGGUGAUGCUCAAACUGAACCCUGCAGUAGUGUCUUGGCUAAGGAAAGACGACUUCAGUUUCAUCAGAAGGGGAGAAGUAUGAAUUCUACUGGCUCUGGAAAAAGUAGUGGAACAGUAUCAAGUGUUUCAGAACUGCUAGAACUUUAUGAAGAAGAUCCUGAAGAAAUUCUUUACAAUCUUGGAUUUGGACGAGAUGAACCAGAUAUUGCUUCUAAAAUUCCAUCAAGAUUUUUUAAUUCAUCAUCAUUUGCCAGAGGGAUAGAUAUCAAAGUAUUUUUAAGUGCUCAAAUGCAGCGGAUGGAAGUAGAAAACCCAAAUUUUGCUUUAACAAGUCGUUUUCGUCAAAUUGAAGUGCUUACUACUGUGGCCAAUGCUUUUUCUUCUUUAUAUUCUCAAGUCUCUGGGACUCCAUUGCAGAGAAUUGGUAGUAUGUCUUCUGUGAUGUCUAACAAGGAGACAGAUGCCCCUCCACCUUUAACUCGAAGUAACACUGCAAGUCGAUUAAUGAAAACACUAUCAAAACUGAACUUGUGUGGGAAUCAGCAAGCAGGAGAAAGUACCCCAUCCCCAACUGCUGAAAAGGGAAAAAUUUCAAGUGUUCCAUGGACUGAAGAAAAUGGCAUUAAAAGUGAUCAGAAAUCACCUAAAAAUGUAAAAAAGAAAGAUAGUUCACCUUUGUUGGCCACAGUGAAAGAAGAGGUAUCUGGUAAUCCAACAAACAUUACAGGCAGUGUUAACAUUGAAAAAUUUUCUGAUGAAGUAAAUAGUAACUUAAGCCAAGGAACAGAUGAUCAGAAUAAGGAAUCCCAAAGUCAUGAAAUUAGACAAGGUGAACAAUCUGGCAUUAUAGACUCUAAUUUCAGUAGUGACUUCAACAUCUCCAGCAAUAGAGAGAUAGAAAGCAGCAGUGAGCUGAAUAAUGUACAUACAUCCACACCAGAUAAAGAACCAUGUGUACCAAUACCAAACCCAUCAAUAAAAAAUAUAAUGAUAUCGCAAAAGGACUCCUUUGAGAUGGAAGAGGUUCAAAGUACAGAGGGAGAAGCACCACAUGUUUCAGCCACUUGCCAGCUGGGUCUUACCAAAUUAAAAAGAGAUCAGCUAUUGCGUACUGCAAGUCAGCAUUCUGAUAGCAGUGGUUUUGCUGAAGAUUCUUCUACAGAUUGCCUUUCACUUAAUCACCUUCAGGUUCAUGAACCUCUGCAAGCUAUGGGAAGCAGUGCUGAUAGCUGUGACAGUGAGACAACAGUUACAUCACUUGGUGAAGACCUUAUAACACCACCUGCAAAAGACCAGCCUUACUUUAAUGACUCUGAGGAAGAAUCUCUCAUACAUCUCCUAGGAGGAAAAGAGAAGAUAGCAACAACUGUUGAAAAGAGAAAGAUAGAUAAUCAGAACCUCCUGAUAUGUGAGAAUGUACAGAGUAAAGGAAGUGAACAGGUUGCCCCUAAUCAAGGAGGUCCUGUUACUGAAAGUGAAGAUGAUUUACCUCCAAGAGAGACACGUACUGUACCGCAGGCCCCAAGUACUGAAAGUGAUGUAGAUAAAAGUAAUGACUAUGAAUUUACCCAGUAUACAACACACCACAUUCUUAAAUCAUUGGCUUCUAUUGAGGGCAAAUGUGAUCAUCUGAGCUCUGAAAAAACUAUUGAUUCUCCUUCUUCAAUUGAUAGAGUUAAUGUAGCUCUACAAAGGGCUCAAAUGAAAGUCUGUAAUCUCUCUGAUCCCAGAGUAGGGCGUAGUCUGAUAAAAUCCAAAGAUUUGUUAAAACAAAAGUACCUAUUUGCAAAGUCUGGAUAUCCCCUAAGAAGAUCUCAGUCUUUACCUACCACCUUACUGAGUCCUGUAAAGGUUGUAUCUUCUGUAAAUGUCCGAUUGUCUCCAGGAAAAGAGACUAGGUGUAGUCCACCUUCCUUUACCUUUAAAUAUACACCUGAAGAGAAACGGGAAUUAGAAAAUGAGGCAGUUGAACAAGAUAGCCAUUCUCUAGUUAAAUCUACACUCUUCAUCUCUCCAUCUGUGAAAAAAGAAACUUCACAGUGUGAGAUCAACAAGUUGGUGGAGGAAUCAAAUCAUAGUAGAACUUGUAACCGUUUAUGUAUCCCAGCGCCAAUCUCACAGUCUACCUGUUCACUUCAUUCUGUCCACUCUGACUGGCAAGAAAGACCUCUGUGUGAGCACAUGAGAACACUUAGUACUCACAGUGUUCCAAACAUGUCUGGUGCCUCCUGUUGUGCCAUAGGCCCUCAUUUGGGUUGCCCAUACUCACACAGACCUAGUAACUAUUCUUAUCGUUCAUGUUCUGUGAAUCCUCCUUCUGCCAUUGAAAUGCAGUUACGGAGAGUACUACAUGAUAUCAGAAAUUCACUGCAGAAUCUUUCUCAGUAUCCAUUGAUGAGAGGGCAUGAUCUUGCUGCUGCCGCCCCAUUUUCUACUCAGAGAUCAUCUAUUCUACCUCUUUAUGAAAAUACUUUUCAGGAACUACAAGUAAUGAGGCGAAGUCUGAAUUUGUUCAGAACACAAAUGAUGGAUUUAGAACUGGCGAUGUUACGUCAACAAACCAUGGUUUACCAUCAUAUGACUGAAGAAGAGAGAUAUGAAGUUGAUCAACUUCAGAGUUUGAGGAAUUCAGUCAGAAUGGAGCUUCAGGAACUAGAACUGCAGCUGGAAGAACGUUUACUUGGUCUGGAAGAGCAGCUUCGUACUUUACAUGUCGCUUCACCUUAUCGUUCUUCAGCACUCAUGGGAAUGUAUGGAAGUAGAAGUGCUGAUAACUUGUCAUGCCCUUCUCCAUUGAAUGUAAUGGAACCAGUCACUGAACUGAUGCAAGAGCAGUCAUAUUUGAAGUCUGAACUGGGGCUAGGGCUUGGAGAACUGGGUUUUGAAAUUCCUCCUGCAGAAAGUUCAGAAUCUGUUUUCUCUCAAGCCACAUCAGAUUCUUCCUCCGUGUGUUCUGGUCCCUCUCGUGUAAAUAGAAGAGUAGUCUCUGCUGACUCAGUUGGCAAGGCCAAGACCCAUCUGCCAAGCAAAAAGGUAUUUCGAGCUUCUGUGGCCUUAACACCAACUGCUCCUUCCAGAAUGGGCUCAGAGCAGACCCCUCCAGCUCCUGAAAAUUCUGAGGAAAUUAGAGUAGUUGAAGAAGCUAUAGAGUCUGUGGAAUCUAAACCUGAAAUGGAAGAAAAACUUGAAAAUGUGCCAUUGCUGCCAGCUUCUGAGGAAAGUCAGAAAAAUAUGGAGCAUGAUGAGUUACAGCAAGUCAUACGGGAGAUUAAAGAAUCUAUUGCUGGGGAAAUCAGGCGUGAAAUUGUCAGUGGACUUUUAGCAGCAGUAUCUUCCUCAAGUAGGACUGCUAAUUCUAGACAAGAUAAAUAGCCAUAAAUGGGUAUUACAGGUUGAUGUGGACCAGAUUAAUUGUGGACUUUUGGAAUUAUGACGGUGUACACUGGUGGAGGUGUCAAGUUAUCUUUUACUUGUACUUCAGGCGACACUAUUGCUGCUGAGAUGGGUUACUGUAUACAAUGUACAAUGUUUAUUUCUUCUAUGCAUAUCUUUUAUUUUUUUAACCAUACAUAGACAUUUAGGCACUUUGUAGAAUUUAUGGCUUUUCUAAACUAUCAAGACUCUGGCAAUUUAAAAGAAAACCUAAUAUUUAUUUGUAUGUCUAUUUUCCAUUUGUUUCCCUGUGUAGAAUUAUAUUUUCAAACUUGAAGACUUCCAGACUUAACAGACUUAUAAAUAACAUAUUUCUUUUGUCUAGCUUCUUAAAACACUGACCUCUGUGAGGUAUUUACUGUGCAAUAACUGAUUCGUUUUUGAGAGCUUGAAACAACCAAUGAUUUUUUUUCCACUGCUGUUACUUAUUGCCACUCCCAAGAAGAAGAAAAUAUUCUUUUGUAAAAAUUGCUAUGAAUUCUUGGGGAAGUUACCAGUAACAGUGUGUUUAGAAUUAAUGAAAUAACCUAAAACUACUUAAAGUUCUUACACUGUAAGCCUUAUCUCUGCACAAAACAAUUAAACUUAAUUUUAUUAUGCUUAUAUAGUAUUCUUUUUUUUUUAAUUUGCCUUAUUUUAAACACUAUGCAUUUUUUGCAUUGGCCAUAGUUUUGUAUUAUAUUAAGAAAAGUUUCCUUUUCUUUGUCUCGGACAAAAUUAAUCAAUGUCAAAAUAAUGGAACUUGUGACAUGAAAUAGAUAGAAAUGGAUGGAGAAACAGUUGUUUUGUGGAAAAAUGAAAGUAAAUAUAGAUUUUUUUUUCUGCCCCACAAAUGAUUUUAUUUCAGUUUUUAUCAUCAAAAACAUGUUCCAAAGGGGGGGAAAUGAAAUAAAAGGGGCUACAGUUUGGUUUUGUAUGUGGUCAAAUCGAUGUGUAAAGUAGCAUGUGAACAUUUGUUGGAAUUCUCAUGUGUUUAUAACUUCCAACUUCUAUUAAUUUUGAGUUUAAAUUCUUAAUAAAAAAAUAGCUAAAGUAAUAAUAUUCUUUUUAAGAAGUAUAUCUAAAAGGUUUAUAAAUGUUUGGAUUAUCACACAGGCUGAUUUCUUUAAAAAAAAUUAAAACAAUAAAGUAUUUAUUUUGCCUAA